GGAAGGGGGCGGCGCGUCUCGGGCGCUCGGUUCGAAGCGGCGCGGCGGGAUGGAGAGCGGGGAGGCCGCGGCGGCGGGCCCCGGCGCGCCCCAGUUCCCGUUCCCCUACACGCCGUACCUCAUCCAGGAGCAGUUCAUGGCAGCGCUGUACGGCGCGCUGGAGGCUGGCCGGGUCGGCAUCUUUGAGAGCCCCACGGGCACGGGGAAAUCACUGAGCCUCAUCUGCGGGGCCCUCGCCUGGCUCCGAGACUUCGAGCAGAAGAAGCGGGAGGAGGAGGCGCGACUUCUGGCAGUCGAGGAGAGCGGGCAGGAGGGGAAGGAGUGUCCGUCCCUGGCUGGGCCUGCACACCCCGAGAGCCAAGGCACCGCUGGGGAACCGGACUGGGUUACGGCAUUCGUGCAGAAGAAAGAAGAGCGGGACUUGGUGGACAGGCUAAAGGAAGAGCAGAUCAGGAGGAAAAAGCGAGAAGAUCGUCUUGAGAAAAUUCGCCAUAAUGUGCAGUUAAAAUACGUAGCAAAGAGGAAGAGAGCUGAGGAGGAUGAGACAAAGCGCCUUCUUCAGCUCAGCAAGGAGGUUCUUUCAGAGGGAGCUGGAGAUGCUCUAGAGCAGCUGGAUGACAAUGAGGAGGAGCUGAUUCUUGCUGAAUAUGAGAGUGAUGAAGAAAAAAAAGUGGUAUCUGGGCUGGAAGAAGAUGAUGAUGAUUUGGAAGAGGAGCAUGUGACUAAGAUCUACUACUGCAGCCGCACUCACUCCCAGCUGUCUCAGUUUGUGCGUGAGGUGCAGAAAAGUCCUUUUGGCAAAGACACACGUCUGGUCUCCUUGGGAUCCAGGCAGAACCUGUGUGUGAAUGAGGAGGUGCGACGCCUUGGGGCUCUCCAACUCAUCAACGACCGCUGCAUGGAGAUGCAGAAGAACAAACAUGAAAAAAAGAGUGAUGAAGAGAAUGAAGGGAAGAAGAGACGUGUGAGUCGCACCAUAUGCCCAUUUUAUUCCUAUGAGCAAAUGCAGUUUCUCCGUGAUGAAGUUCUAGUGGAAGUGAAGGAUAUUGAGCAGUUGGUGGCUUUGGGAAGGGAGACCAAAGCUUGCCCAUAUUAUGGGAGUCGAUAUGCCAUUUCCGCUGCACAGCUGGUGGUGCUGCCCUAUCAGAUGCUCUUGCAUGAGCCUACCAGGAAUGCUGCUGGGAUCAAGCUGAAGGACCAGGUCGUAAUCAUUGAUGAGGCCCACAACCUCAUAGACACCAUCACCUGUAUCUAUAGUGCGGAGGUCAGUGGCUCUCAGCUGUGCUGUGCCCACUCCCAGCUGCUGCAGUACAUGGAACGAUACAGGAAACGUUUGAAGGCAAAGAACUUGAUGUACAUUAAACAGAUCCUGUAUUUGCUAGAGCGGUUUGUGGCCAUGCUGGGAGGUAAUGUGAACCAAAAUCCUAGCUGUCAGGCAGUUUCCCAAACAGGGACAGUGCUAAAAUCCAUCAAUGACUUUCUAUUUCAGAGCCAGAUCGACAAUAUCAACCUCUUCAAGGUUCAGCGUUACUGCGAGAAGAGCCUCAUCAGUAGGAAGCUUUUCGGGUUUGUGGAGCGAUAUGGAAGCCCUGCCUCAGCUGUGAAGUCCAACAAGGAGAACCAGAAGCUGAGUGGUUUGCAGAACUUUCUUCUGACCCUCCAGCAGGGAGCCGAUAAAGAGGCAGGUACUCCCCAGAGCCCUGCCGUGGAGGCUGAGAACGACCAGGUCCGAACUGCCUCUCCACUGAUGCAGAUUGAAGGAUUUCUCUCAGCCCUCACCAAUGCAAACCAAGAUGGCAGAGUCAUUCUCAACAGGCAAGGAACAGUUGGUCAGAGCAGCCUCAAAUUCCUGUUGCUGAAUCCAGCUGUCCACUUUGCCAAGGUGGUGGAAGAAUGCCGUGCUGUCAUUAUUGCUGGGGGCACCAUGCAGCCGGUGGCCGAUUUCCGAGAGCAGCUGCUGUCCUGUGCUGGUGUGGACCCUGCACGUGUCGUGGAGUUCUCCUGUGGACAUGUGAUUCCUCCAGAAAACAUUUUGCCCAUAAUCCUUUGCAGUGGUCCUUCCAACCAGCAGCUGGAGUUCACCUACCUGACGAGAGACCUGCCUCAGAUGAUGGAUGAGACGGGUCGAAUCCUUUGCAACCUGUGCAACGUGGUCCCAGGGGGUGUGGUGUGCUUCUUCCCCUCCUACGAGUAUGAGAAGCAGGUAUAUGCUCACUGGGAGAAGACAGGGCUGCUCACCCGCCUGGCAGCGAAGAAGAAGAUCUUUCAGGAGCCUAAGAAAGCCAACCAGGUGGAGCAGGUGCUGGUGGAAUAUGCCAAGUGCAUAAAGCGCUGCAGCCAGGCAGGAGGACAGAUGACAGGGGCCCUGCUGCUUUCUGUGGUUGGAGGCAAAAUGAGUGAAGGGAUCAACUUCUCCGAUGACCUGGGCAGGUGUGUGAUUAUGGUGGGAAUGCCUUACCCCAACAUUAAAUCUCCAGAGCUCCAGGAAAAAAUGACUUGGCUUGACAAAAAAAUGCCCAGAGCUACUGGCCAGGCACCUAGCAGAGUGCUGAUUGAAAACCUGUGCAUGAAGGCAGUAAACCAGUCAAUAGGCAGAGCCAUUCGGCAUCAGAAGGACUUUGCAAGCAUCCUGCUCCUGGAUCACAGGUACGCACGCCCUGCUGUCUUUAACAAACUGCCACAGUGGAUCAGGGAGAGAACCCAGGUGAAACCUGCCUUUGGAGCAGCAUUUGCAGAGUUAAGAAAGUUCCAUCGAGGGAAGCUGGAUGCUUUGUUCUGUGGCCCAGGGAAUGGGCUGUAGGCCAAUUCUGUGAGGUACCCCUCUGAAGAACACCCGAAGCAACACAAGUUCAUGCUUUUCUGUACCACGGAGUUUGUGAAUCUCUGCUUUCUGCCUCCCGUGUGGACGUUUGCUGUUCAGUAUCUGAGCGCUAUGAUGGUAAGGCACCAUAACUGGGAGGCAGGCUGACUGUAGGCCUGAGACAGGCGAAGGGAGUAGUGACAGGCUCCUAUUUGUUUACUUUUGUUACAUUUUUGUUUUGUUACAUUUGUUUUGUUACAUUUUUGUUUUGUUACAUUUGUUUUGUUACAUUUGUUACAUUUGUUUUGCUGUUAAGGUUUUAUUUAAAUUGAUUAAAUAUUUUCAACCCAAACACUUAAGUAUGGGGAGUAUCAUUGCUUUGACUGAACACAUCUGCCUUUUCCCAUCAACCACCAAGUGCAGGGGGCUUGAUGACCACUGAAAACAGCUUUUCACAAGAAUUACAAACUAUCAGGCCAGUAGCUUGUGUCAUGUUGGAAUUAGUGUCAGACUGGUAAGACAGGGCAGCUAAAGGUAACAUUUCCUAUCCCCUUCUUUCUACCUUGCUUCAAGCAAGUAAUAGAUUCAAGGAGCGCUUCAUUCUUUGAAGGGGAGUAACAAUAUGGCCAUAAUACAGCACAGCGCUUCUCCUUUGAUCAUGCUUAAGCACAGGAUUGCUCUGCUCUUUUGAAUUCAAAAACCUGGGCACAGUAAAAACAGCAAAGUACCUUUCUGUGGAAAAUGGUAAAACUUUGGGUUUUGAUGUAACCUUCCUGAGGUUGGUUCCUAGGCUGGGGAUCACUGAUAACAACAGGGAUGGCCACAGCCCUCCCCAGCUCUUCCUGUCACCCUGAGCAAGUCUCUUCCCAGACGCUUCUUUUGAGUCCCUGCCACUUUCAGCAGCUGGAUGCUACUGCUCAAGGCUCUUCACAAUGAAGAAAGCACUUAUAAUAAUUAUGACAAAGAGCUGGUGCUCACUCCUCCUCUGUUCAUUAGCCCUGCAGGGGAAGAAACAGCUGCUCCUGGGAAACUUCCGUGGUGAAGCUCCUGCUCCUUCAGCGGGUACAAACCCCACAGUCUGCCAUGAGCUCUGCCUUAAAGCCAGUGAAAGCAGGAGUGGGGGGCACCUGCUUAUAAGAGCUGGGGUGUAAGGCUAGUCCAAGCCUGAGGCGAGCAGAGAGCUGGGC